UGGGAGUGGCGGGGGCUGCUGCUCGUUGGCGGCCUCGUCGCUGUCAUUCUCCUCGCCCUCACCGGCGGGUGGCGGCUGCAGCUGGUCUCCGUGGGGCGGUGGUCGUUGUCAAAGGCCACACUCAAUAUAAAAUGUCGGCAGCGAUUGACGACCUGCACAUUGGCAGACAGAGACACAGUGAGGGCGUGUGGCCGUGAGACAUGAUGUUACCAAAGGUUUUCUUACCCUCAGAACUGAUCUUGCCACACGCCGACACACAGAAGAGCACUAACUUGUUGGUGUCUGCGUCUCCCUCAGCAGCAGGCCCGAAGCGAGCAUGGCAUCGAAACAAGAGAUCCCGGGAUGUAAAAUGUAGUCAGCGAUCGAUCUGUCGACCUGCACACCGAGACACACAAUCAACAUCCUCGCUGGCCUUUCAGCUGACCCCAUGCCGUACCCCGGUUCAGCUCCUGACGAGAGAGAGAACGACAGACUGUCUGACGUCUGUCGCGUACUCGCUAAACGAGCACUCCUAGGAUGAGAGAAUGACGCCCGGUAGGAUCUUGGCGACCGCCGCGUCCUUCUGCUGCUUGGCCAUGCCCUUCAGAUGGUUCUUUAUCCCACCCUCCAGGUCCCCGGCCAACUUGUACCCGGCUGCCGACUGGCGGAUGGCGGUCCGCUCAGCCUCCGUCAACGGCUGCAAUCAGACAGGAACAACAUACACAAUGUGUGAUUGCCCUCCUUUGCGUUGCGUCGCUACGGAAGACCCACCAGGUCCCUCCCCUCGCUCGAUGCCUCCUCCGCAGUCAUCAAGUCAUCGCUCUCGCCCACCGCAGCACCACGGCAGGCUCUCCCCCGUCCGCAUUUGCAGCAGCAGCAGCAGCCCCAUGGCCCGUCAUACUUGCCAUCUUCGCAGCACCAUGUCGAUUUCGUUGUUCAUCUUCUGCCGCUCCUCAGCCAU